AUGCCGAGAGCCGACGAGUUUCCGAACCAUGCUGUCCAUGGCCAUCAUCUCUCGCACCAUUCAUUAUCAUCCGGAUUACCGCACGGGUUGUCAAAUGCGCCAAUCCCCCAAUAUCAGAACAUGUACGACAGUGGAAUUGAGAAUCACUUACCGGAACAUGUCCUUGAUGAUCACGACACUUCUGAAGCGGGUCUCAAGAAAAAGAAGGGCUCUAGUUCGUCCCUCGCCAACGAUAAUGAGUUGCGCAAGCUUCUACGACAGUAUGAAGGUUAUACUUUGAAGCAAAUGGCGGCGGAAGUCCUCAAACAUGAAGGGGCUGGUGGCAAAGCAGAAAAGGUCAAGCAAGUUUUCGCGAUGAUCUGGUUGAAGGAGAACUGCAGAAAAAGCACAGGCUCUGUCCGUAGAGAUCGUGUUUACUGCUGUUACGCCGAGAAAUGUGGAACUGAACGAGUCUCGGUCUUGAAUCCAGCAUCUUUCGGAAAACUCGUUCGAAUCAUAUUCCCGAAUGUACAGACGCGACGACUAGGUGUAAGGGGAGAAUCAAAGUAUCACUACGUCGAUUUGACCGUGAUCGAAGAGAAGCAGCAGAAGCAGUCCGCACCAACCACGCAGUUACCCUCUCAUGAAGCCACGGCGACAGGUACUGUAGAGGGUCUGAACGGGAAUGAGAUGCAUAGAGCAGCCAGUGUAUUACCGCAGCCCACAGCAGACACAGCACUAUUUCCAUCGCCUACCACAUCAUUCACUCCGAAGAUUUCGGUUGAUAGGGCAAUAUCAGGCUGCGGUUGUCUGGCUUCUUCGCAGGCCGAAGUGAUCACGCUUGAGAACGUCGCCAGCCAUUCCGGAAAAUUGAUACACCAAAUGCUUCAAUUGCCAACCACGGAUAGUUCCUCGGUCGAUACUGAUUCCCUGCAACUACCUGAUAUCAGUGGUUACCUCCCCGAAGGAACGGACUCCAAAGUGGCGGCGGCUCUUGCUGCUCUCUACCGUUCACACUGUAUCUCAGUCAUUGAUAGUUUCCGGUAUUGCAAGGAGCGCAAUCUGCUAAGAUUCUUCUCUGCGUUCCAUGGCACCCUGACCGUCCCGGUUCAGAAAUUGUUGACACACCCCAACCUUGCACCUUGGAUUAAGGAGUGCGACUGGCUGAUGUACCAGAAGAUGAUUGCAUUUGUGGCACCUCUUACUACACAAGUUGUCCCGAAACUGGUUUUGGAUGCGUUUAGCUCAAUAUCCCAACGACUUACAACGCACAUUGCCGAAACAUUCAAGACCCAGCCUGUACACGUCUCCAUUGCGAGAUUAAUACCAGCGCACAUAUUUUGCAACCUUCUGAAACAUAUGCUUGAUGUGAACCAGUCUGCUAACGCCGCUGCCGCGUGGCUGUGCCACCCCGACAAUAGGAAUCAAAUGUGGCUCGACUUUACAACACUGGUUGACCCCAAGGAAAUGACCACCAGGGCGAAUAUUCCUAGCUGUGCAGAGCAGGCUACGGAACGAAUACUGAAGCAUGAUCUCCGCGCCCUUCUUACGCCUGUCGCAGAUCUAAACCCUGCUGCUUCGAAUCCAUUCUUCUCCCAGCCUGAUAUGGAAGGUAGCCCUGAACCACAUAAAUUCCCCGUCGAAGAGUCUGUGGGCGACGAAUACAACUUCCCAGACAAGUGGAUCUCCUUCAUCUUGAACCUCGCGCAUAUCUUUCCUCAGCAUCGCACACAGUGCAUCAUUGAACGAGUGGAUGCGUUGUGGGAUUGCAUACUACACCGUUUGACCCUGGGAGGAGCCCAAAGUUUUAGUGCCUGGUGGAUGACCAAGGUAUUCUUUCAUGAGAUGAUGUUAUGGCAGGCGGAGAAGGGUGGAUUCAUGCAUUAUACACCAAGCACUUUGCAAAAUGCAGGCCUAGAUUCUGACCAGUCGGGUCCGGCAGCUCUUGUCCUGAAGGAUUCCCCCAAAGCCGUCGAUAACGAGUCACCUACAACGUCAGAUGCGCACAAUGGCGCCUCAUUAGACCAGAAGCGGAUGGGAGCCGAAACGAAUCCAAACCACAUCGAAGAUGAGAAGCCUUCUGAUAUUUCCGAAAACCUAACAACAUUCCAUGCGCCGAAUCACGAUGACAGCGCUAUUGAUCUUGACGAUGACUCAAUGUUGAUGACCGUGGGAAAAUACGGCGAUAUGAUGGCCUCCGACCCCGCAGAUGCUGAAGGCGAUGUCAUCGUCAUCUAG